AAAGUAACUUUUAACAAUACCUUGGCGGCGCUUGCGCGCUGCGUACGUCAGUUUUGCCAACUCCAGCCGCGCGCCACCACAUAUCGCUCUUUUUCUUUUUCGGACAUCGAAAUCAGCGCCUGUGGCAGUUGUAGACUAAAAAGUUUUCCGCUACGUGUCGCGUACAAACAUUUUCGGUGCUUCCCAUUGGAUAAUUUGAUGUGAUUUGCUAAAACUUUCGUGAAUUAUUUUAUGACGUUGCAAAAGUUCAAUAACGUUAAUGAGAAUUUGAAUAUUUUGUAGUUGUUGUACUUGCCGGCAAUAUUGGAUGUUACGCUUGCUUGAACGACAUGAUUCGCCGGGUGCAUCGGUGUCGCGCGGUAGUGCUAUGACGUGAGGACCCAACACCAUGCGGGCCGGCUCUCGAGGGGCCACCGACUAGCCACACGGCCUCUUUACGAUUUGUGUUAUAUUGAGAUGCGGCGGCAGGCUCGGAUCUCAGGCGGCGGCGCGCUUGUCGUGCGCACCGCCUCUGCCUUACAAGUUUGGCUGUGGUUGCUGAUAUUCAUAUUCCAGAACGAGUUUCGAAUAUCCAGGUCAAUUCAACCAGGUUAUUUGGACUUCGACAACUUGCCCGAAACGAACUUCACGUGCACGGGCAAGGUUAUAGGCGGGUACUACGCAGACCUGGAGACCUCGUGCCAGAUGUUCCACGUGUGCACGGUGGGCCAGAAUGAUGAGCCCAUGGACAUCAAGUUCCUUUGCCUUAACGGCACCGUCUUUGACCAGGAGACAAGAGUGUGUGAGAGAGUCGACGAAGUAGAUUGUACAAAGUCUGAAAAGUUCUACAGUUUAAAUUUAGAGUUAUACGGCAGUACUGCGCCGCCCAUCAUACAGCCAGACCAACAGAAACCUCAAGCACAACCAACUGAACAGUCACAACAGCACACCAAACCAAACCAAGAAGCUGACCCUUCAAUAGAUGAUAUCCCGACUACGACACAAGAUAAAACUCAGGCACAUUCAACAGACAUUACAGACUCAACUGAAGAUCCUAUCCAGGACAUAAAAAGAGACGAACCAAAAAACCCACAAUAUAAACCAACACACCCGCCUUUACCAUUGUCAGAAAAUGAGGAACUUACUGAAGAGUACCAAGAAGAAGACGACGAUACUGACUACGAAGAUUACGCACAUCAUCCAACAACGACGACUCCGCAGCCAACAACAACAUCGACCACGACAAGAACCACAACUACGAGUACUACAACAACAGCCAGACCUCCCACCACUACUAUACUACCAUCUACGUCUUCCAGACUUCCAUCUCCCAUUCCACAUUUAAUUUCCUCACCCUCACCCAUUCUGUCCUCGCUGUCCCCUCCAUCACCUUCCUAUCCACCUUCCUCCCCAUCUGCUCCUUCAGCCCCGUCAGGUCUAUCUGCCCCAUCAGCGCCUUCCGCCCCAUCUGCUCCCUCAGCACCUUCCUUACCCACACUAGAUCCUUCCCUACUUUCCCCACAAGAGUUUAUUUACCGGCACCGAGGACCAGGAUCCGAAGCCAUUUCCUUUCAACGACAGAGCUUUCGACCCGCUGAUGGAGUUUAUAUAACGCAUGCACCGCCACAACAAUUCGACCAUUUCCAAUAUGAGUCGUCUAGAACUGCCCCAAGGCCAUCCGCUCAGCGACCAGCGACAUCGUUUGCUCAACGACCUCAACCGGCACCAUUCCGACCGACCACACUCGAUCCACGAGAUCAAUUACUACGUCCUGGACCUACUUCGCAACCCUCGGAGCGACAUGAAACUUCUGUUAAACAAAAUAGACCUCAGGCAUAUCCUCAACCAUUGCCAGCACAACGACCGUUACCUUUUAAUCCUUUCUAUUAUGAUCGCAAGCGAAGCGAUGAUGCGGCUCCAGAAACGGAAUCUGCUCUAUCGGCUCGAUCUGUUGCUCCGCCCAGUGUGUCCGAAAAACCACAAAUCAAACUGAAAAGUCCCCCACGGGUAAUUGUGACAGCCAGUGCGUCAGUCAGUGAUAGCAAUGGUAAAAGACUAAACUAUACCGUUGGCAAUGUUGUGAGUGCAGUGAAACCAAUUGUACCAAUAAAUUACGACGACUAUAAAGAAUCCGAUCUUAUAUUCGAUCCAUUCUUUCUCGAUGUGCCAAAAUUACAAAAAAGACGUAAAACUAGAUCUAAUAAAAAUAGAAAUGUAUUUACUGUUCCGUCCACAGCAACCGUGGCAUCCGAAUUAUUAGCAGAUAAAACUACAAUUACAACGUCCCCGGUGACGUCUCGUGCGACGACACCACGGAUCAUGGCAAGCGAGGCAUCGGUAGCGACCACGACUGCCGUUUGGAAUCCUAACGACUACGUCGAUGACAAUUACGAGCCCCAUGCCUACAUUCCACCAAUUCCGCCACUCGCAGUGCUAGUGCCUCACGAGUUGAAUAAAUAUAAAAAACACGAUAGACUAUCUAAAAACGAUUUAGUUGAGGAGAAGACUCACAGAGAUCACAAAACGAAUGUUGGUAAUAUCGAAGAAUCCAAGCCGACGUCGGCGUCUGCUGCGCAGACAACCUCUAGUCAUGUGGCGGGGACGGGCCGGGAGCCCCCCGCCGCCUCGCCGCCGCCCCCGCCGCUCCUCGAGGCGCCCGCGCCCGCCUGCGCCUCCUCGCGCUCCACUCACUGUCGGACUCGUGCCUAAUUAAAUUAGCUCACUUUAUACAAUAAAUAGAUAAAUAUCUAGUUACAUGUUUAGAUAGGUAGAAAAUUUUUAUCAAUUUUUCAGGCGCACUGUAUAAUUCAACGAUGAUUUAAGUAUUUGUGGAAUUAAUCAAAAUUGAGUAAUUUAGUCUCGAAACUAUUGUAUCCCUAUAAGAAAAAGGUUUUAAUUAAGCUCCCUCCGAAUAGGUAAAUAGAAAGAUCAAUAUACUUAGAAAAACUUUGCGCGGAGUCUGCUUUCCGCAUCAUAAGGCGCCAGAUAUCGCUAUACUAUUUAAUCUACUAUGAUCAUUUUAAUAUUUGUUUUUGCAGUUUCCAGACAUUUACUUUUUGACUAGCUACAAUGAACCGACCAAAACAAAUAUUUUCUUUAUGAGACCAGUUCGCAGGGAGCUUUAGUAUUUAUAUGUUUUCUAAUUAUUAUAAACAUUGUAAAUAUGUACGAGUUUGGUUUAUUGAUAUCAUUAUAUUUUUUUAAUUUUCAUAUUUUUUAUAAGUACCUAUGGAUAUUUAUGAAGGAAACCUUGUAAAUAUCGUAAAAUAUACUUGAUGUUUCUACA